AUGGCUAACUACCUUGCAUCCAUCUUCGGUACCGAGCAGGACAAGGUCAAUUGUUCGUUCUACUACAAAAUUGGCGCAUGCCGACACGGUGAUCGCUGCUCUCGCAAGCAUGUCAAGCCUUCGUACUCGCAAACCAUCCUCAUGCCGAACAUGUAUCAGAACCCGGCCUACGACCCUAAGAACAAGAUGAACCCCAGCCAGAUGCAAAACCAUUUCGACGCCUUUUACGAGGACGUAUGGUGCGAGUUGUGCAAGUACGGCGAGAUCGAAGAGUUGGUCAUCUGCGACAACAACAAUGAUCAUCUCAUUGGCAACGUCUACGGCCGAUUCAAAUACGAGGAAGAUGCGCAGGCGGCCUGUGAUGCUUUGAACUCACGUUGCGGUGAAGGGUGUGUACGAGGGGGCUUCUGCAAUUUCAUUCACCGCAAAGAUCCUUCUCCCGAGCUUGACCGCGAACUCCGACUCAGCACCAAGAAGUGGCUGAAGGAGCGUGGCAGAGAUCCCCGCAGUGCCAGCCGAAGCCCUAGCCCUGAACCCGCCCGCCGGAGAUACUAG